ACAGAGGGAACUCUGGUGGAUGAAUGGCAUUGUUCCUUUUGGGAAAAGAUGAAAACUUUCUUUGUGGCUAUUUUGGCUACCAGCUAUUUCUCAUGUAAGGAUUUGUCAAAGAACUUGGGGGAGGGAGUAAACAUUUGACUUUCUUCUAAGGGAAGAAAUAAGCCAACAGGAACUGUUUUCUAGAUGUAUGGAUUUUUGAAACUUUGAAGUUUCUCUCAGAGAUGAAUUGACUACCUCAACCAGAAUGAAUGGCAGUGGUGAAUCCAUUUUUCCAUAUUCUAAAAACUCUGCCAUAAGCGGGUUCAGACGCGAGAUAUCUUAAAAGAUGAUCGAUGAGAGAUAUUUUUGGUCACCAUCUAGUCAAGGGCGUUUCAUGCAGUUAUUAUCAAAGGACGUCUAUACAAAAGAAACAUACAUGCUCCAUAAGAGUCAGCCCGUUAUGCGCUUCUAAUAAUGUUACAUAUUCUAAUACCUGCGUGUACUGCUUCGCUAACAUAGCUUUGAAACUCACUCUUCGUAUUCAGUACAAUGGAAAAUGCAGAAAGACCGAAAAAGUCUGGGAUGUGACAUGAUUUUCCUUUGUCAGGAGUGAACCCAUCUGAAUUAAGCAUCGUUUUUCCUUCAAAAAGUGGAAUUUGCGGUAUUACUUUAUUUUCAAAAAAUUAAUAAAUCUUAUCCUA